AGUGUAGGACUCCGCCCAGCCAGAGACGCUUUCUGCGCGGGGAUUCAAACCGAGGCGGGCGCGAGCCGAGCGGCGGGGUGUCUUUGCUUCUGGUGUGCUGACGAGCCGUCCUCAGCCAUGGACCUGAUCCGAAGCUUCCACGCGAAGCUGCGGUCUCUGGCCAUCACACUAGACAGGGAGACGGCUCGGCUGCAGCGAGCGCUGGACGGGGAGGAGAGCGACUGUGAAGAUUAUCCAAUGAGAAUUUUAUAUGACCUUCAUUCAGAAGUCCAGACUCUAAAGGAUGAUGUCAGUAUUCUUCUUGAUCAAACAAGUUUGGAAAGUCAAGAAAGCAUUGGUUUCAUAAAGGCAACAAAAGUACUGAUGAAAAAAAAUUCAGUGGAUAUCAUGAAAAUAAGAGAGUUUUUCCAGAAGUAUGGAUAUAAUCCACGUGCCAAGAAAAAUUCAGUGGAUGAACAAGAAAUCAUGGACUCUGAAUCAGAGUCCACGAAGCAUGAAAAUUUUCAGAUGACUGACGUGAAGGACAAUCUGUCUGAUCCUGCUAUUCCGAGCACUUCUGGUUCUGAGAAGUCUCCACGGAGUCCGCAACUUUCUGAUUUUGGACUUGAGCGGUACAUGAUAUCCCAAGUUCCACCAAACCCUCCACAGGCAGUAAACAACCAUGAGGAAGAGCCAAAAAAUUUAACUCCAUCUUCCAAACAGUCACUAGUUAAAGAACUAAAAACGCCAAAAUGUGCUCUAAAGAUGGAUGAUUUUGAGUGUGUAACUCCUAAAUUAGAACACUUUGGUAUUUCUGACUAUACUGCGUGUUUAAAUGAAGAUUACACAAUGGGACUUAAAAGUAUGAAGGAGAAUAAAAGUGAAGAGGUGAUAGGACCAGAACCAGUGACCAGUAAUAAUUUCUUUGCCACUCCUGGCAUCAUAAUCCAGGAUUUGAAAAAAAAUGAUGACGCUGUUUUCUGUGGAAGUUCUGUAAGCCCUGGCUUGUCCUGUGUAGCUGUUCCAUGCUCACCUCAACCAAGGCCUCACUGUUGGCCAGUUGCACCCAGGUUUUUAGAUGCCGACUCUACAAAUUCUCCCUUGGCACCUACAUUCUGCACUCCUGGUUUGAAAAUUCCUUCUACAAAGAACAGUACAACUUUGGGAUCCAUAAAUUAUCCAUUAUCAAAAACAAAUAGUUCAUCAAAUGAUUUGGAAGUGAAAGACUGUACAUCAUUAGUUUUAAAUUCAGACAAGUGUUUUGAGAGUUUUGUGGAUCCCUCUUCUCCUGUAAUUUCUUCUUAUGAGAAUCUGCUGAGAACACCUACACCUCCAGAAGUAACUACUAUUCCAGAAGAUAUUCUCCAGAUUUUAUCAAAAUACAACUCAAACCUAGCAACUCCUGUAGCAGUGAAAGCUGUGCCACCCAGCAAAGGGUUCCUCACUAAAUAUGAAGGACCAAACAUCCGAGGUCUUGGCAACAAAGAAAACUGGUGAAGAGCUUGUUAUUCUUGGAGUUAAGAUUCCUACACGAGCAAGCUGGAAGACAUCGUUGGGAAUCCAAACCCAAUUAUUCUAUAAGUUUAAAAAUAUACAGUGAUAGUAUUGUUAUUUGUUUUGUUGAUGUCUGUUAGUUAAAAAAUCUACCUUUGAUUUAAAAAAAAAAAUUGUAUCUUUUUGCAGAAAUUCUAGUGGAUCCUCUCAUUGUAGACACUGAAUAGAUACAGAUGAAAGCAGAGCUGGACUUACUUUGUUAUUCACAUUUCUUACAUGUUCCUCCCUUUUUAAAAACCAACCCAUAUUAAAGAUGAACAUCAUAUAUAUUUUUUAAGUCGCCACUAUGCCCAAUGUGCGGCUUGAACUCCUAACCCUGCAAACAAGAGCAGCAUGCUCUACUGAGCCAGCUAGGCACCGCUGUUGUAAUAUACUUUUUAUUAAAAUGUGAUUUAGUUUAACCUCGGUCUUAGUUACUCAGUUUUUUAGUUAUUCAGUUUUUAAAGAUCAUUACUAUUUGAUUUUAUAUUUAUCCUGCCUAAUCUAGCAGAAUGGUUGAGCAAUAUUAGGAAACAAGGUAAAUAAUUUAAAGAUUUUAAGUGUUCUAUUACUCAACAGGGCCACCCCAGGCUUCUCCUGGCAAAGGGGGGAUGGCGUUGCCAUCAGCUGGAGCUGGGCUUCUUCCCUGAUUCUGACUCUGCCCUCAUCCUAUCUCCUCUCACAACUGUUCCAGAGCCUUUCACACUUAUUUCAGCAAAGCACUUUUAAUACGGUUGUCUACAGUUGACAGCUUAAGUAACUUUAGGAAAAGGGAGGCAUUUAUUUGCAGGUCUGGGUAAUCGUACUAUAGGUCUGACAGUUGGAAGCAGAGACUCACCCUGUCAGGAUGUCUGAUUUUAUUUUUACUCCCAGUAUUUUACUUUGUGUCAGUUUUAUCCUUUCAGAUCAGCAAUUUCCACGACAUGGCCGUUGACCUCUUUAGUUUGGCCACUCAACAGACCUGAGCCUCUAGAAGGUUCUGAUGAUCUCUCUGGGCCAGGUGCCCUUCUGUGGACUGUCACCCAAGAGCCCAGGAGGCAGGAGACCCUUGCCUCUCGAGCCCUCUGAAAGCUUCAGGCUGCCCUGUCCAUUGAGCCCAGGAUCCUUCCCAAUUAAGUAUAAUAAGCAGGAAGUAGUUCUAAGUUCAUGCAGAUAUUGUUGUUGCUUUGGCAGCUCCAAAGGGAAAAUGAAGACCCUAGCCUAUUGUGGAGACCAGUUAAAAAUUUGAAAAGAAACAGUUUGCGAGUAUCAUGACAAGGUGCUUCAAAGGCUUGGGUUUGGAAAAUCUGAUGCAAUAAAGAUUACUCUCUUAUGAUGGUGCCUUCAAAGUCCAUUGUGAAGAGCUGUCACAUUGUGGUCUUUUCAUCUUGUCAGGAAAUUGUCAUUAAAACUUGAUUUAAUCCUUU